AUGGCGGUCGGAUCGUUUACAAGACGGGCAUUAUUGCUUGGUUUGGGAUUGCAGUCAAUCAGCUUCUUUUCUGUUCUGGCCCAAGAGAACCCCAGCCUUCGCACGUUCGCUCUCCAAGGUGGCGCUGAAGCAGCAGCCGAGGACGAUGACUUUACAUGCAGUAAGACGAAGGGUUGCAAGAUAGGAUGCUGCGGAGCGCUAGACCCAACGACUGGCAAAGCUGUUUGUGGACUUGGUCCCGACUUCUGCGGUGAGGGUUGUAUUUCCACAUGCAACUACAAAAGCGAAUGUGAUCCUGGAUGGGGAGCCCAGUGGUCCAAUGCUUCAACAUGCCCUCUCAACGUGUGCUGCAGCGACUUUGGCUUUUGUGGCACGACUUCAGACUUUUGUAAUGGGGUUGUCACACCCUCGCCUCAAUGCAAUACGAGGACUGCGGAUGAGAAACUCAUAGGCUAUUAUGAGGGCUGGAAUAUGCAAAGACCGUGUGGAACUAUGCCACCGGAAGACAUCCCUCUUGGAGCAUACACUCAUAUCAACUUUGCAUUCGCGCUUAUCAACCCAACAACAUUCCGCAUCGAUGCCAUGGAUGCUGAGACGGCCAAAAUGUACAAGAGAGUAACCAAACUGAAGGAAAGGCAGCCCGGACUUCAAGUCUGGAUCGCUAUCGGUGGAUGGGCUAUGAAUGAUCCUGGCCCAUACCGGACCACCUUCUCCGACCUUGCGAAAUCCACUUCUGCACAAGCUUCAUUCUUCGAAUCGCUAGUGACAUUCAUGAAAGCCAAUAACUUUGAUGGCGUUGAUAUCGAUUGGGAAUACCCUGUUGCAGAGGACCGUGGAGGGAUUGCGGAAGAUUUUGAGAAUUAUGUAACCUUUUUGAAGAAUCUGCGCAACCACCUUAACGGCAGUGGUCGAUACUACGGCCUUACACUCACACUCCCAGCAUCUUACUGGUACAUGAAAGGCUUCGACAUCAUCAAGCUGGAGCCAUGGGUAGAUUGGUUCAAUAUCAUGACUUAUGACAUCCACGGUGUUUGGGACAGUACAGUCAAAAGCAUCGGUCCAUACGCUUUCGCACACACCAACCUUACCGAAAUUCAGCUAGGGCUCGAACUUCUCUGGAGAAACAACAUCAACCCUGCUCGCGUAGUCAUGGGUCUAGGCUUCUACGGUCGAACUUUUACGAUGAAGGAUCCCAACUGCAUGAGUGCGGGCUGUGAGUUCACUGAGGGUGCGAAGGGUGGGGAAUGCACAGGAACCCCAGGUGUGCUAUCAGCCGCUGAGAUCAACAAGAUCAUCGAGGAUGGCGCAAAGGUUUCUCACGAUCUCGAAGCUGCAGCGAAGAUUGUCACCUGGGGCGGUAAUCAAUGGGCAAGCUUUGAUGAUGCUGAGACGCUGAAGAUUAAGCUAGACUAUGCAAAUCAGCGUUGCUUGGGAGGAACCAUGAUAUGGGCAAUCGACCUAGAUGACGGUUCCUUGUUAGAAGCGUUGACCUCGGUGAGCACUAAGAAGAAGGAAGAGGUCUUGGCAGAAUCAGAUUUCGAUAUGCCGGACUUUGGUACCAAUUGGGAUUUCGUUCCAAAGGAGGCUAACGGAAAGCGAAAGAGGGAUGAGCUAUGA